GUAUGAUAUUAAGCGUUAAAGAUAUGCACUGUGUUGCGAUUCUACUUUUGCUGAGCAUAAAGUGUGUGCACGCGCAGUCCAAUAUGCUGAGUAAUUUAACCGCAACCGGACUGAAAAACCACGAGUCAGAUUGUGGCGGUACAGUGUACGACACGCCGAAUUGCACAUGCCCAGAAACCGGUUUUAAAUGUGACUGUAAAAACACGAGCUCGUGCAUGGGUUUGUCAUGUAUACCAAUACACCAAGUAUGUGAUGGAGUGCCACAAUGCAGUGACGGCAGCGACGAAUUUAACUGCACGUGUGGAACUAACCAAGUUCGAUGUGGCUGCAUCUUUCAAAAAAGCAACUGCCGAUCUGAUACCCCGUGCAUCGAACGAAGAAAGGUGCUGGAUGGCCUUCAGGACUGCAGUGACGGUUCUGACGAACCUUGUCACCACGGUACAGCAACUAUUAUCCGCUCAUGCGUGUUUAGAUUGCUUCAGUGCCCAAACCAACGACUGAAAGACUUGGCGAUUUUACAACUCGAUGGUAUGUUCGGAGUACGUUCUUACUUCAAAUGCUGGGAGCUUAGUACGUGCACAGAGGCAAAUGCAUGCAAAGAAACCGCUUGGCGAUGCGUACAGGGAUACGGAUGGGUUAUGGUAACUGGUGGAUAUGUUUAUACUAGCCCUGUUCUUCAACAAUGCAUUGCUGUGCUGAAUAAAACGACAACAUUAUAUCAAUGCAACUUUAGUGGCAAAUUGGUUAUGGGUAGAGACACGUGCAUACAUCCUUCAUUUUGCCUACCACAAAGUGAUCCAUCAAGAUCAGAAACUCAAGUGAGUCUUUUCAAGUGUAAGCCGAAGUCCUCUUACGGAUGCAGCCAGGAAUAUAUUCAAAUAAGCGAAAGAAAUCUUUAUAAUUCUGAUUCCAAUUGCGCUGACGAGUCGGACCUUUGCUUCGUUGGAGACAUGAAGUGCUUUCGUUGUCUGCGCAGCGGCAGGCUGAUAUCUGCUAAACAAGUUUGCGACGGAACAAUGGAUUGCAGCGACUUCUCCGAUGAAUGUCUUUGUGGAAAUCAAUCAACUUGCCUCAGCUACCAAACCUUUAGGUCCUGUCCUCCCGGGAUGGUGUUUUGCCUUGAAGCGGGCACUUGUAUGCAGAAUAAGCAAGCAUGCGUGACAGCUACAAAAAAAUAAACUGGUGCACGAAUACUGGCAAACAAUAACCCGUUGUAAGGACUCCCCACGUAAAUAUGCUUCGAAGUGCGAUGGGAUUUUUAACUGUCCUGGUGUAGAAGACGAAUGCGACAAUUGCACACACAGACCCGCAGUUUGUGAACAGCAAACGUGUUGGUUUGAUCGAUCAUUGGGAAUGCCAAGCGUCGUGCAAAUUAAAUUUUGCGAUGGACUUCAAUCUUUUCCCGGAUCAUCCUCGCCCAAUUUAAUUAUAUAUCACCGUGAAGUCCCACAGACAUACGCAACGCCUUUCACUUACCUGCGUAGAAUAGCUAAAACGUUGAACUUUUCGGUUGAUAUAUUUCUACAAAAAAUAAGCGACCCUCAAACCACCAACGUUAGCUUAUUGACUGAUCUUGCAAACAUUACUGGCAUUUCUGCCACGCAAGUUUCCUCCUACUUGUCGGCGUCGCCCAGCAACUUUUUACGGGGGGUUAGGAGUUGGAUGCACACCAUCAAACUGUUUUUUCCCAUUUGCAAGUUUGGUUUUGACGAAGUAAACUGCACAAACAGACAUUACUGCAAACAAGGGGAGUCGGUUAGCAUUGGUAUAUCUCGUACAUGCGAUGGCAUCAU